AUGAAAUUUAAAGGACCAUUUAGGUCUGAUGAAGAAUACCCACGAGGUUUGAUUGGACGCUUCGACUGAGGUGAUCAGCAGCAAAUCACUUGCGAGGGAACAUGUCAUUAAUAAUGGUUAUUGCUGUUGGCUAUUCAUGCUCACGUAUAGAAGAUUAUGCACUGAAACAAUUUUUCCCCCGGUAUUAGAGUAGUGGGUAAUAUUUUGAUUUCUAUUAAUGACGAUUUACGCUGCUGAUUUUUUCAUUAUUUAAGAAUCUUCUGUGCUAUUUUGUAGCUUAUAUUUCAUUGCCUUUUUUUGUUUUUGUUUUACCAAAAUAAACAAAACAAACCGGAAAACACCGAUGACCCAACCAGUCUAGUCACGAUAAGUUUCUUAGGCCGUCACGCGAAACUCCUAACUCCUAACUCAAAGACUUGCAAUGGCGGUUUUUUAUGCGUUUUUCUGCAGGUCUGGUAACAGAUAUUCUUAUCUCUCUGGACGAAAGAUAUUUGUAUUUCGGUAACUGGCUUCAUGGAGACCUCAGACAGUAUGAUAUAACAGACACCAAGAAUCCCAAACUGGUUGGCCAGGAAGGUCGGUUACCCUCUAAACGGCUUUCAUAAAGGCUCAACACAGUAUUCAAGUAGAGAAACACAGGAAAGACACACAAUAACUACCGGUACAUAUUAAUUACCAACGCGCUACACGUCUGUAUUCUACAAAUGAUGAAAUAUUUAAGCAAUAGAUCACAGUUUCUAUGGGUUUACCGACGUGAUAACCCACGCGGAAUGUUGAGAGAACACUUGAAAAGCUUAAGUUUUCUAUGAGUUUACCGACACAAUAAACGAUAGAUUUUUAACCAAUCAGAACGCGCGUACUAUCUUAGUUAUAUAUUACAAUAAAAAACAUUUGCGUUGUAUGCUUGAAUUCCUCAUUUAACACCGACUUCUUGACCAUAGCUUUUUGCUUUUUGUUCCGGGGGAAACUAUGAGAACUAUUUGUCAAUCUUUUUAACUCUGGUUAAAUUACCUCUGCUAGCGCAGGGUUCAUCUUAUGUCACUUUUGAACAAAUGUGAUUUCUCAAUCACAACUUAGAACGGAAAGUUAUGCGAGCCGAUUGUCAAAUAUCAAACCAAAAGCUCAAAAUAAGGUACCAACUUUUUAACCGUGAAUCUGCCUAGUAUUAAAUCCCUACGUACAUACUAACCGACCUUUUCUUCCCCGAAUGCUCCCGAAAAUUAAGGAACCCGUUCUGGUAGUAACUUAGACUUGCCUACAAGUCGAGCUCAAAUUUUUUCAUGAGCGCGGAGCGCGAGUGGUAGAUUUUUUAUGUUACCGGAACCGGAAAUGAGAAGCGAAGAACUUUGAGAAAGUCUAGUAGUAACUGUUGAAAACGCAACCCUGUUAUAGGUCAUUAUAGUCAACCCAGUCGUGAAGAUGGGACUCCAUCCAGCGGCUAAUCCCCAUUAGGCCAUUACUGGGACCCCCUACUCCCCCCGCAGCCCUUCCUCCGGCGUUUUCAUGUUUAACACCUGUUAGGUUAUUCCUUUCCUGCCAUCAAACCCUUUUUUCUGAAACCACGCAAAACUAGCUGAUCGCGUAAUUUUUGUGAAACACAGGAGACACAUCAAAUUCGUUUUUGAUCAUUAUAAUAAUUAACAUGUGAUCUUUUUCUGUCUUAGCUCUUCAUUGGUGGUAGUAUAACCAAAGAUGGCUCAGUGAAAGUGAUAGAGGAUAGUGAAUUAAGUGAACAGCUUGACCUGUGCUAUGUGAAGGGAAAGAGAGUCAAGGGUGGGCCACAGAUGUUGUAG